GCGACGGUGAGUGGGCGGGCCCCAUGAGCCGCUACGCGCUGCCGCUGUCGGUGGCCGGGACCUUCCUGGGGGCCGCCGUGCUGCUCCGAGAAUUGUAAACUGAGGGGAUGCCCAUCAGUUGGGGAAUGGCUGAACGAGUUGUGGUACAUGACUCUGAUGGAACAUGAUCGUUCUGGACUCGGUUAGCGGCGGGAGCUGCCCCAGCAAAGCCACCAUCCAUGGGAAGACAGUCAUUGUCACGGGGGCCAACACUGGCAUCGGGAAGGAGACUGCCCGAGAGUUGGCCCAGAGGGGAGGCCGCAUCAUCCUGGCCUGCCGGGACUUGGACAAGUGUGAGGCAGCAGCCAAGGAGAUCCGGGGAGACACUCUCAACCACCGCGUGGACGCCCGGCGCCUGGACCUGGCCUCUCUGACGUCCGUCCGGGCCUUUGCCAAGAAGAUCGUGGAGGGUAGGAAGCCCAGAGAGGAGGAGCGUGUGGACGUUCUGAUCAAUAAUGCUGCCGUGAUGAGGUGCCCCCACUGGACCACCGAGGAUGGCUUUGAGAUGCAGUUGGGGGUCAACUAUUUGGGUCACUUCCUUCUGACCAACCUGCUGCUGGAGAAACUGAAGGCAUCGGGGGCCUCGCGGGUCAUCAACAUCUCCUCGCUAGCUCACAUCGCGGGCCACGUGGAUCUCGAAGACCUGAACUGGGAGCGGCGGCCCUAUGAGGCCAAGGCCGCAUACUGCCAGAGCAAGCUGGCGGUGGUGCUCUUCACUAGGGAGCUCAGCCGGCGGCUGGAAGGGACACGGGUCACUGCCAACGCCCUGCACCCCGGGGUGGCCAGCACUGAGCUGGGCAGACACACGGGCAUGCACAAGUCUGUCUUCUCCAGCACCGUCCUUGGCCCCUUCUUCUGGUUGCUGAUAAAGACGCCCAAGCUGGCGGCCCAGCCGAGCAUCUACCUGGCUGUGGCUCCAGAGCUCAGUGGGGUCUCGGGCAAGUAUUUUAACGCCUUCCGCCAGAAGGACCCAGCUCCCCAGGCUCAGGACGAUGAGGCAGCUCAGAAGCUUUGGGCCCGCAGCGCUCGGCUCGUGGGGCUGGAGGAGGCCGAGGUCCCAAAGGCAGCGUCACCUGGGAGAGUCACUGACACGCGGAGCUCAUGACCCCUAUCUUGGGCACCAGGGUCCCCGUCCCACACCCGUCGGGUUUAGUGCUGGUCAUCCCCUAAGAUCCCUCCUGCCUCUGAUGUUGUGCAGGGCCAGGCCCGGGGGAGGGCCCAGGCCAGCCCCUUUUCUUCCUCAUCUGAACAUCAGGGAUCAGGUCGGCCAUGCUGUCCCAAGGCUCCGGAGCCAGGGGGGCCCAGUCUGAAGGCCAGGGACCCCUCCUCAGAGGCGUGGUCCCAAGCGCAUGAAGGCUGGGUGCACAAAGGAGCCAUCCUACUGGAAUACAGAGCGGCGUAUGCUUAGACAGGUUAUCAGAUCCUGGCCCAAGAGCCCCUGCUCCCCACUUGAGGGAUCUCCUGGGAGCCCCCUCCGGCCAGGACCCUGGCCACGAAAUGGUUUUUAAUUCAUAAUGGAAGGAAAUGCUUGAUUUCAGUUAAGAGUCAGUGAAAAUAAAGAUCCAGUGCUUUCCUCCAAGA